CCGCCAGUCAUUCCAGAGUGAACUUGCGCCGUGGUUAGACGCGUUGAAGUCGCGAUCGCGAUUCGGGUUACUGCUGACUUUUGGGCAACCACCGAUAAGGAGGAGGAAGUGGAAACGAGUGGCGGCGAUAGAAAAUCAACGCAAUGUGGAUCGUUUCCGUGAUUGGAACCGGAUUCUAAGAGUGGCGAAGGAAUUUGAAUGGAAGACGAUUCUGACGAGUGAGGAAACUGUCGACGUGUCGAUUGGAAUCGAGAAUAUUUUCAGGUGACGACGAUUGUGAGAGGCGAUCGCCGUUGCGCGAAGAAGAAAUCGAGUGUCAAAUCUGACCCAUUCUCGUUGCCCUGAAGUGAAAGGUAGCUUUCAAGGGCUUGAUUGGAGCUGCCGUCAUUAUCUGUCGUGUGAUCAAUUGUCGUGAAGGAAGGGAAAGAUAACAGAGAUAACCGUGUGAAUUGGGCGAUUGUGUGAAUGUGGAAUCUGAAUCAAUCAUUUGUGAAUAAAAGGCGAAAAAAGUCAUAAAAGUGUGAGAAAAGAGAUUCCAAGACCGAGGGAAAAGUCUUUCAGCCAUAUUUAAGUUGCUUAACAUUUGUGUCUUUCUCUCGCUUGAGCUAAAGUCGGUUUAGAGUGUUGGUUUUCCAGUGGCUCGAUCGGAGGUGCGAAAGAGCUCGAAAGAUACCGUGAUCGGAAUGUGGUGCCUUUGAGGCUUGCCAUGACCAAGUGAGUGUGCUUAUAUCUACGACACGGAACCGCACUAGUGUUGGUGUACUGCUCGAAGUGCAUGGAUUACGACGAAUGUGUGACCUGAACCCUUCGCCGGAGUCGUGAUGAUGUGAUCUCGUCUUCUUCGUUUUGUUUGACGAUCUUGGGGUAUAUUCUUUUACGGAUAUUUUCCGCUUCGCUGUAAUCUGGACAAACAACACGCACUGUCCCGAAAAAAAAGUGAAACAAGUUUUUGUUUGGUCGUCCCCUAGAAGAAGAGUGUAGUGUGUUUGCUUGAAGAAGAACCUUGACCGCUCAUAUGAAAGAACGAAAAAUGGGCGAUUCGACGCCAAUCUGUCGCUGCCGUGUACUCUAUCUCGGCAGUGCCGUACCUCGGCAAAGCAAGGAUGGGUUGCAAGGAAUUCAGGAGCCUCUCCGAAGCUUGUAUCCAUCGGAGGGAGCCAUCGGUGCCAAAGGGAUCGAUUCUUGGCUCAGCGUGUGGUCCAAUGGGAUCCUUCUGGAGAACGUAGAUGAACAAAGGAAGCAGGUCACUCGGUUCUUCCCAAUCGAUUCUUUGCACUACUGCGCAGCAGUAAGACAGGUGUUGAUCCCCGAACGGGGUAACAACAACCCGGAACCGAAGUUCCUUCCCUUGGAUUCACCUUUUGCGCGGACGCCCCGUGCGCAGCAUCCUCCGAUCUUCGCUGCGAUCCUUAGACGGACAACCGGUAUCAAGGUUCUCGAAUGCCACACAUUUAUCUGCAAACGGGAAGCAGCGGCCAACGCGUUGGUGCGUUGUUGCUUCCAUGCGUACGCGGACAACUCCUACGCGCGGCAACUGGAAGGAUCCGGUAGUGGCAGUUCCAACAGUGUCUACGGAACGAUCGGGGGCAAAUCCAACGGAACGGCCGAGGGCGCUUGGCGGUCACGUGCCGGCAGUACGACCACGCUGAACAGUGUUGGCGUCAACAGUCGACAGGCAAUUAACGGCGUUGGCGAAGCGUACACUGUGAAAAAUCUUUACGCAAGCAGUGCCGACCUCGACGUGGUGGACGACGGCGACGGAAGCUCGCUGUACAACGGCGACGAGAAUCACAAAAUCUGGAGUGGUUCGACGGAUCAGAUCGACGGCAUCGGCGUCGGGGACAGCGGCCAUUACGACAUUUACUCCGGCACCGGCUCGACCCUGGGUCGACCGGCCCGGGCCCGACAGAUUAGCGCGCCGGUGCCGGUGCCGCCACCGCCGAAGGAAGAGCUGAAAAAGUUGAAGAAAGAAGCGAAGAAACAGUCCAAACAUCAGCUACAGGUAGGAAGUCAAAGUCUAUCCGGUACGCUAAUAAGACCCCGUCCAAUGCACAUGAAUCCACUAGGUCGACCCGGGCCACCACCCGCUGGUGGCCCCGGAGGUCAUCCUGGCAUGAUGAUGUACGCGAUGGGACCACCACCCCCUCCUCCGCUGGGUGGACGCCAGUUUCACACCAUCGGUCAUCGGAGCCACAACGGAACUGGCAUGCCCCCGAUGAUGCACCACCCCCACCAGAUCCCGAUGCACCCGGGAAUGCAUCCGAUUCAAAUGAUGGUCCCGCCGCAGUACGCCACCCUACAACACCCGCGCAGCAGUAAAAAGAAGAAGGACAAGAACAAAAUGAACGGUGGAAUCCCGAUCGGCGUCCCGGUUGUCCCUCCUAUAUUCGCUUACCCACCGCCACCCGGCCCAAGCUCGGCGAUGGAGUCACGGCCGCUCUCGAUGAGCAAUCGGAAACUGGCGCAAUCGGCGGCAGCCGGUCUGGACGAGUCCGGCAACUCCGGAGCCGAGUCCCCUGGUGGGACCGGUAUCUACCGCCGCAAGGGGCACCUCAAUGAGCGCGCCUUCAGCUAUUCGAUCCGGCAGGAACACCGCAGCCGAAGUCACGGCUCGCUCGCUAGUCUACAGUUCAACCCGCCCGACAUGAAGAAAGAGCGCGAGAUCGCCCAAAUGGUGGCCGGACUGGAGCUGAACGACGACUCGACGCUGCAGCGGAGGCGAUCGGAGGUGAUGGCCGGAUCGUCCGGGACGUUUGGUAAACCCAGGAGAUGAAGUGGGGCGGGGUGAUGUUAGGACCGGUCCGGCGACGGGUCCGGUGGUGUACAGUUUUAAAUCGAUGUGAGUGUUAGUGAGUAGAGUGAGUGGGGAACCGUUUGUAGGACCUUUUUCUUGCGGGUAAGCGUAGGGAAGGUCUACGUGCUGAAAGAGGUUUAAGUUGAGUGGAAACUAGGGGAGGGUAUGGUGAAGUGGUUUUUGUCGGAAGUUGAUUGGCUUGAUAUGUGGAACUGAUUAUUUUCAUUUUUACUUUAUUUGUGUAAUUUUUCAUAUAUGUAGGGUUCAUCACUAUUGAAACUGAUUACUGUUGAAUUUCGUCGACACCGCCAUAAAUGGCUGACUUGAAUCAUUUAUUUGGAUCAUCGUAGGUUUUCUCUUGUUUUCCUUCCUAAUUCGUGAACAACAGUAAAUUAACGUUUAUCCCAUCGAACGUGUCUAAACAGUACAUUGCCCCUAAAUUGGUUUUGUUCCUGGUUUCCUGGAAUCGGGCCAAAUGCCCUUCGGAAUUUGUUGAAUGGAACUGACAGUAAUAGUGUCCAUAAAUGGAAAUAUUCCGAUCGAAUAUGUUCAAAUAACUUUUUGAAUUUUCAGACCUUUUCUUGACCACUUGUAACCGGUCCCAAAAGUACUUCAAGUUCGUAGAGGACUACUGGUCUUAUGAGCGUUAUGUACAUGACACAUUUGGUGCAGGUGUGAAUCAUUUUUGACCGAAGUUUCUUCUAGAGCCCGUUGUGCGCCGAAAAUGCCGUUUAGUCUAAAUGGUUCUUAUGCAGAAAGGAUAUUUUCGGGCCAAAUGGCUCUUUCUGCCAAAUGACCAUAUCUAUCAAACGGCAUUUCCGUCAAAUGAUCUUACGCUCAAAUGAUGUUUGACCAUUUCGGCCAAAUGACAUUUUCAGCCAAAUGAACUGUUAAGACAUACAACUUUUUCGGUUAAAUUACCAGUUCGUCCGAAUGUACCUUUCUGGAUGGUUAUCGUUGACGGCCAAAUGCCAUUUAGACCAAAUACCGUUUCGGACUGAUGUCUGAUCUUUUACGGAUGUCUUACCUAUCUCAUCUAGUUUGACCAUUGUGGUGAGUUAUGUUUCUAGGAAUGCUCAUUUUCCCCCUACAAGGGCGUGAGUAAGGAUUUUUUUAAAAUAUAGUACAAUUUACUUUAUAUGGCUUAUUUUACUGUGAACAACACUUACAGGUUCCAAAAAUGUUUUAUAACACUAUUCUAGCAUUAACUAUAAUAUGUGUGAACAAAAUGCUUCUUCUGGACAUCCCUAGCGACUCCAAAAUGACAUCUAUGGCUGAUGAAAGAUGAUAUGCAAAUUUUGCCGAAGAAAACUACGGACACCCAUGCCGUUAUUCCAGUCAGUUUUGCCCAAACCAGAUGUUCUAGGUUCUCCAAACUGUCCUGGUGUUUGGAUCAACUGGUCUACCAGGUCAACUGCGCUCGAUAGAUAUCUGAGAUCAACCAGUCAUGACCACACAAGUCCGUGGAGCCCACGCGUAUGGUUUGCAACUCAGAUAUACUUGAACCGGUUGUUCUAGGUUCUACAAUUUGUUCUGGAAUUUGCAUCAAUGCGUCUACCAGGUCAACUGCGCUCGUUAGCUAUCUGAAAUCGACCAGUCAUGUGCAUAGAAGUCUGUAGAGCUCGUGCGUCUGAUUUGCAACACAGAUGUAUCCAGACCAGAAAUUUCAAAUUCUUCAAACUGUUCUAGAGUUUGAAUCAAUUGGUCUACCAGGUCAACUGCGCUCAAUACAACUUUGACAUCAGCCAGUCAUGUUCAUACAAGUCCUUAGAGCCCAUGUGUUAUACCCAAACCAGGUGUUCUUGAUUCUCCUAACUGUUUUGGAAUUGGGAUCAAUUAGACUAUCAGGUCACUACUCUCGAUACAAAUCUGAUAUAGACCAGUGAUGUUCAUUCAAGCCCUUAGUAGUCCUCCGAUAAUUUUCUUAUCCCGCCGUUUUUGGUAAAAUUUUCCAAAGAAUUCCAGGAGGAAUUAUUGGAACAACUGCAGGAGGAAUUCUAGGAACAACUUUCUGGAGGACUGCUUGGAACAACUUUCGGAGGAAUUUCUUGUUGCAAUUCAGAAGGAACUGACGGAGGAAUUUUUGGAUGAACUUCUAGAGGAAUUAUUUGAGGAACUUCCGGAAGAAUUCUUGUAGGAACUUUCAGAGGAAUUCAUGGAGGAGCUUUCGGAGGAAUUCAUGGAGGAACUUCCGAAGGACCUUCCGGAGAAAUUCCGGGGGAGCUUCCGGAGAAAUUCUUGGAGGAACUUCCGGAUGAAUUCCUGGAGGAACUUCCGGAGGAAUUCCUGUAGGAACUUCCGGAAGAAUUCCUGUAGGAACUUUCGGAGGAAUUCCUGGAGGAACUCCCGCAGGAAUUCUUGGAGGAACUUCCGGAGGAAUUCCUGGAGGAACUUCUUGAGGAAUUCCUGGAGGAACUUCCGGAGGAAUUCCUGGAGGAACUUCCGGAGGAAUUCCUGGAGGAACUUCCGGAGGAAUUCCUGGAGGAACUUCCGGAGGAAUUCCUGGAGGAACUUCCGGAGGAAUUCCUGGAGAAACUUCCGGAGGAAUUCCUGGAGGAACUUCCGGAGGAAUUCCUGGAGAAACUUCUGGGGGAAUUCCUGGAGGAACUUCCGGAGGAAUUCCUGGAGGAACUUCCGAAGGAACUUCCGGAGGAACUUCCGGAGGAAUCUCCGAAGGAACUUCCGGAGGAAUUCCUGUAGGAACUUCCGGAGGAAUUCCAGGAGGAACUUCCAGAGGAAUUCGUGAAGGAACUUAAGGAGGAAUUCUUGGAGGAACUUCCGGAGGAAUUCCUGGAGGAACUUCCGGAGGAAUUCCUGGAGGAACGUCCGGAGGAAUUCCUGGAGGUACUUCCGGAGGGAUUCCUGGAGGAACUUCCGGAGGAAUUCCUGGAGGAACUUCCGGAGGAAUUCCUGGAGGAACUUCCGGAGGAAUUCCUGGAGGAACUUGAAUAUUUUGAAGAAGCUCGAAUAUUUUUUCCGAUGAAAUUCAAAAGAUCCCUCCGUUAAAGUUUCGAAAACAUCCUGAACCAAAUGCAGAAUUUCGGCUUCGUAACGCUUCAUGGCGAAUAAGCCUACCAAAUAAACGAGACUAGAAAUACUUCCGGAUGAAUUCCUGUAGGAAUUUCCGGAGGAAUUCCUGUAGGAACUUUCGUAGGAACUUCUGGAGGAAUUCCUGUAGGAACUUCCGGAGGAAUUCCUGUAGGAACUUCCGGAGGGAUUCCUGUAGGAACUUUCGGAGGAAUUCCUGUAGGAACUUCCGGAGGAAUUCCUGUAGGAACUUCCGAAGGAAUUCCUGUAGGAACUUCCGGAGGAAUUCCUGUAGGAACUUCCGGAGGAAUUCCUGUAGGAACUUCCGGAGGAAUUCCUGUAGGAACUUCCGGAGGAAUUCCUGUAGGAACUUCCGGAGGAAUUCCUGUAGGAACUUCCGGAGGAAUUCCUGUAGGAACUUCCGGAGGAAUUCCUGUAGGAACUUCCGGAGGAAUUCCUGGAGGAACUUCCGGAGAAAUUCCUGUAGGAACUUCCAGAGGAAUUCCUGUAGGAUCUUCCAGAGGAAUUCCUGGAGGUACUUCCGGAGGAAUUCCUGGAGGAACUUCCGGAGGAAUUCCUGGAGGAACUUCCGGAGGAAUUCCUGGAGGAACUUCUGGAGGAAUUUCCGGAAAAAUCAUGGAAGAAUUUCCGGAGGAGUUCCUGGUGGAACUUCCGGAUGAAUUCCUGUAGGAACUUCCGGAGGAAUUCCUGUAGGAACUUCCGGAGGAAUUCCUGGAGGAGCUUCCGGAGGAAUUCCUGGAGGAACUUCUGGAGGAAUUUCCGGAAAAAUCAUGGAACAAUUUCCGGAGGAGUUCCUGGUGGAACUUCCGGAUGAAUUCCUGGAGGAAUUUCCGGAAGAAUUCCUGUAGGGACUUUCGGAGGAAUUCAUGGAGAAAGUUCCGGAGGAGUUCCUGUAGGAACUUCCGGAGGAAUUCCUGUAAGAACUCUUGUAGGAACUUCCGGAGGACCUUUCGGAGAAAUUCCGGGGGAACUUCCGGAGAAAUUCUUGGAGCAACUUCUGGAGGAAUUCCUGGAGCAACUUCUGGAAGAAUUCCUGGAGGAACUUCUGGAGAAAGUUCCUGAGAAAAUCAUGGAAGAACUUUCGGAGGAGUACCUGGAGGAUGCUUUCGACAAAGACUGUGGAUAGCUGAUAUGUCUUUUCUAAAUGCAAAAUGGAUCCAGACGAGAUUUCCACUGUAAUACCAUACAGGUUAAUAAAUUGAUUCAAAUAACUUACUCUGAAAAUGCAUCAGAUAAUUCUUCAGAAAAUUUCUAAAGGCCGUCCUCCAGUUAUCAUCCUGGAUUUUUUAGAUUUUUUUUUUUCAAAAAUUGGAAACCUACCUACAUCUUUGGAUCAUUUGCCAAGAGCUACAAAAACCUACAAGCACACAUCAAUGUUUCCUUUGUCAAAUCUAUGGAUUGAGUUAGUUUGAAAAUCGUAGUUGAAAACUCUGUUUUCAAGAAGAAAGCCUUCUGCAUUGAAAACUCGAAUACCAAUGUUCCACCAUUCAAGCCAAUCACUUCCCUUCAACCUUUCGACGCAUUAUAAUUUUUGUUACAAUUGAAGAAACGAACAUCGAUCAAUGUGUGCUAUAAUUGUCAUUAUUGUUAGAACCGAAAAAAGUUAGUUAUCUUAGGUAUGUCAAAGCAGUAAAUAAAUCACCAAGAAAUACUUAUAUAACCCUUUUACAUGUGUAACACAAGAAAACUGUCUCCUCAAAAGACAUUAUAUUCGUGGAGGUCAUUAGAUAGGUAGCCCAGGUUGGUUGACUAAAAUAGAUUCAGUUAACAAUUGCAUGGGAAUAAUAAGAAAUUAUAUGAACAAAAAAAAAUUAAAAACUAAUUGGGGAGAAAAAGAAUCAUGCAUGCGAGACGUGCUUUAUGCCCCAUCGUGGUGUAUUGAACCAUCCGUAAAAUAGAGUUUCUUUUAACAUUUAUCGUAAAACCAGUCUAGGCAAGUAAGCAAACAAUAGGACAAAUUGGGCCGAAGGAAUUAGGAGGGAAACCGAAAUAAAUCAAAACACAUAUUCGACCGAGGAGUACGAAGCAAGAAAACAUAAUGUGCCUUAUUAAGUAAUUAGAUAAUUUAAUUAUUCACAACGGUUGGAGAGAUGCGGAAAGACGGAUGCGCGCAAAGAUGACGUGCUGUGGGCAUCUCGGCAUUAUAGGAAGUGCCGAACCAUUCGAAAUCGGCAAAGUAAAAAUUUUAAACUCGAUACACAGUUUGGCGUGGAUUUACGAGGAUGAACACGUGAUGAAUGAGCGGGCGCAAAUACGAGCGAUCGGGCGAGUUUAGUGCAAAACGCGAAAACAGUAGUUUUACAUAAUCAAUGCGCACAAUAAUCGCCGAUGCACUAGAAAUGAGGCCCGAUAUUGAGAGUGUGUGUGCAUCUGCGCGAGUAAGAGAUUGAGAUAAUUAGGUUCGAUGGAAGUCGAGACGAGCAAGUUGAAAUUAUUAGAUAUUUUAUGUGUUGUACAUUUACACGCCUUAAGGACCCGCAAAGAAAGCGGAUGCGGAAUCCACAACAGCGUCAGUCAGGAAUUGAUGAGAUAAUUGCAUUAAAGCAACCAGGGGAAAUCGCAAACCGAACAUCACUAAACAAUCGUUGAAAAUGUUGUUAAGCCCUGCGCAUUUGAUGUUUUUAAGAGGGCAGGCAACCAUUUCAACUAUCGUUCACAAAUCACCAACCAAAACAUAGGGCAUGGUACAUUCUUAAUCUGAAUAAAACAUUAGAAUGGAUCAUGUUCUUCCAGAAACAUUACACAUGCAAAACCAAGCAUGAUCAACUGAAAUUGUAUAAACUACCAACCAAGACAACACACACCAACAGUUUUAAGUAUAUUUCUUCUGUACCAAGAGCUUCCCCCGUCCUGUACUAAUUAUUUUAAUAAACUGUAAUUUUUAUUAUCAUAUUGUACAAAAA